UCGACGCGGGCGAACCACAGUUGAGCGGGCAGACGGUUUGAGCGAGUCGCGAUAGUCAAGUCGGCUGUGUCGCAGCGGUGGCGGGUGGUACGAUUCCUUUCGAUUUCGUUUUUCAUUCGCGACGCAUCCCCGGUGGGGUUCGCGCCGAUAGUACUCUGCCUAAAACAUGUAAGCCCCAUAUCCCGAACGAGUUUUUCGGAUUGCACAGCGCGUUCGAUCUUCGAUAAUAUGAACAAGUGUUGUGAAUCUGGUGGUUUGGUCGCACACGAAAAGUCUACGUAAAUUAUUCAGUGGAUAAUUGUUAUAUUUCGGUGCGCUGCUGUAUUUGGGAGAAACGUGUGGCCGACCUCAAGAUGAAGAGCGCUCCAAGACUGAAAUGCAACCGCUCAUCGGAGGGAAAUUUGGCACCGCUGCGUUGGCUCGCGCUUAUCUCCUUACUGGUUUCCGCAGUCGACGCCGCCAAUUUACCUGCGCCCUCAAUAGUCGAAGACUCCAAUAUACUGGCAGCGUCGGAAAUCGCCGACGCCGACGUCCGCGUCGAUUGCAACAGCGAUGAGAUCGUGGUCAGCAUCAGCACGACAUCGGGCAAGUUUAAUGGGAUGGUAUAUCCUCGCGGUUUGUCGAAAAACACCCACUGCAUGGGUGAGUGGGUACAGCGUACUUCUCCGAUCGCUUAUACUCUGCCGCUUAGGGGUUGCAACACGAUGAGCACCGACUUGGACGACGGCGGGAUCGAAUACUAUAACACCAUAGUUGUUCAGCCGCAUCUUAAGCUCGUCACCAACCAGGGCAAGGGGUUCCACAUCAGGUGCCGAUAUAAAACUCGCAACAACACAAUACCGAACGAUUCGCUCAAAGUCGAUUCGCUAUCAUCCGACCCGGUAACCUCCAUGGCCACGAUGCCUGGUUGCAGCAUGAAGAUCUUCGCCGGCGAGCCGUCGCAACACCACGUCGCGGAAAACGUGAAAAUUGGCGACCCACUGAGUCUGGUCGUGGCCAUAGACGAGCAGGAGACCUACGGGAUACGGGUCACCGAUUGCGUAGUCAAAGAUGGUCUCGGUUGGGGAGAGCAGACCCUAAUCGACUCCGACGGGUGCCCCACCGACCCCGACAUCAUGGGUAUGUUCCAGUAUUCGGGAGACUUCAGCAAGGCAGAAGUUCAGUUCAAGGCUCACAAGUUCCCCUACAUCGCCUCCGUCUACUAUCAGUGCAACGUCAGGCUUUGCGUCAAGGCCAAUAACGGAUGCGAUAAAGAGCCGUUGACGUGCAGAGUGCCGUCGUCGUCGUCGUCGAGCGUGGACGUCGUCCCCGAGCGGUCGAACCGGCUGAAAAGGCAAGCGGUCGGCGGGGGCACGUCGUCGUCCGGCGCUGACCCCGAGGGUACGCCGGCCACCAUCGAGGUGUACAGCGGCCUUUACGUGAACGAAGCCAACGACCUCGCCAAAGCCGGCCAGGACGAUUACUCCGUCUUCAGCGAAAAGGCUCCAGAGGACGCGAUCUGCAUCUCUCAGCGCAGUUUCGCGAUUGGCAUUUGUGUCGCCGGCUUGAUUCUGAUGCUCUGCGUCAUUGCCGCCAUCUUGUGCUUGCUGGCACGACGAAGAAAGAAAACCGUUUCGAAUCCGGGCAGCUCAAUUUAUAGCGGCCCCUACACCAACACCGCCUACAGUCACACCAGCUAAAAUAUCUGCACUCCCCUCCCUGAAUUAUUUCCUAAAAAAAGCUCGAACAUAACCCGAAAAUUUGAAGGUGCCAUUCGAAAUUGGACAAGUCCUCAUAUAGGUGUGUCUCUAAUUUGCUUUUAUUUUUCAAAUCUUAUCUUACAAAAUAAAAAAUAUAAUUUGUUGGAAAAUCUUGCCGGACAUCAAAAAAUGUAAAUCAAUAGUUCCCAGUCUGUCUCAGCCAUUUUAGGUACUCCCAUCUGUGCAUGAAAUAGAAUAAGAUUCUUACAACUUUUUCAUCUAGUCUUUUUAUUUUUACAGGGUGUUUGUAGUGCUUAAAAAGGAAAAUAUCCAGGGACCAGUUCCGAAGCUUAUAUUUUGGCGAAAUUUUCAAUUUUAUGUCCACACUUUUCGAGAUAUUGCCAAAAAACCUUAAAUUUCACAGAAAAUUUUAAAUCAUUGAAGUUAUUUCUAAAACACCUUGUAUUAAUAAUUGAGACCUAUUUCAAACUCAAUUGUCUAAUAUUUAGCAAGCUAGAUGUGACAACUACGUGAUAAUUAUUAUUAACAAUUGGGAAGGUGGUGGUUUUUUGUCAUUUAUCAUUCAUUAUCGAUGUAACACCUCUUCCUGAAACUGGAUGAGUUUCAGUGAAGACAUACAAGCCAGGUGGUCCCUUUACUUAGGAAUGUAAAGGGCCUACCCUGUAAUUUUAAUUACCGCUAAAGGAAAUGAUGCAAAUCAACUUUUUCCCGUUGGUUGCAUUGCUGGUUCUGAAUCACAGUUGCAUUUUCUAGUUAGAAUUUGUAAAUAUGCGACAAUGCAAAUCUGGUUCUUAACCUCAACAUAUGGAAAAAAAAUAUGGUGCUAUAACUCAUUUUCAUGUAAUUUUAACGUUCAACAAUAAAUAUUUUAUACAAACAA